AAGAAAAAUAGAAUAUAGCGACAGUCAUACUGAGGCAGAUGAACAGUAACUGCCGCCGCUUCCCAUUAAACCAGCAGUUACUCCGGCGGUUCGAACUGCCACUGCAUUCUUAAUAGAAUCUUCCUUAUUUUCCCUACUUAAUUUGAUUUUUCAAUCAAAAUUUUCACUCUCUCGCAGAGUUUCACCCUUACCUCCCCAAAUCGAAAUUUCACUCUCGCUCCGUAGCUUCUCAUCACCACCAUAGUUUAUCUCAUAAUCAUCGCCGCCGUAGCUUCUCCUUGCAGGUUCUUUGUGCACGUUAUAGUGAUGAGGGAUUUUUCAACAUUAGAUGCAAAGAAUGCAGGGAUGCGUCUUUAUGGUGGUUCACAAUAUCAUUCGGGCAUGGCUGAAUUUCGUUUUGUAUUUGGAGGAAUCAAGUGCCCUCCAAUAUCUCGGGAAGAAAUUGUAAAUGCUUGCGGAGUUGAAGACAUUCAUGAUGGGACAAACUACUCUAGGACUGCUUGUGUAAUUGCUGUUCCAAAGGCUCAUGACACAUUUGAACCCUUUCUUCAUCAGUUGGGGUCUAGAUUGUUGCAUAUACUUAAGAGAUUGCUCCCAAUUUCUUUUUAUCUUCUUCAGGCCAGAAGACUGAAAGAUGUCAUAUCACAAAUAGAUACCAAACUUGAGGAAAUAAAGGUAUCUGCACAGUCAGACCUGCGGCACCCGGUUUCCCUUGUUGUCCAUCAAAUGCACCAGGCUUUGGAAGCUGCCUUGAUACAUUACGAUGUUGACGAUAAGAAUUUGGAAGCUGCCUUGGUACAUUACGAUGCUGACGAUAAGAGAAGAAAUGCUAAAGGGCCAAAGCCAAAUGGUUAUGUUUAGGAAUUAGGAGAAUGGUAUGUCUAUGUGUUCCAGCAUCACACCAUAACAAUUUAGGAAUUUAUAUUCAAUCAAUUUUUCCGUGACCUCAACAGUAUGGCUAUUUAUCUCUAUAUUGUGAUGAAAUGAAUUAUUUUUUUUUUUUUUUUAAGAAGAAAUUAAUUAUAUUAGAGUUAGUGAGCCAUGCAUUUACUAAUAGUUAGUUCUGUAGAAAUUACUUGUUUACACAUCCUAAGUCCUAACUGCAAGAUGUUCUAGAAUUUAUCUAACUU